GUGAACAACUCGUCAACACGUCCACGGGAAGAACGAUACCCCGCCGCUCUGUGCUCGGCUGUUUCCCCCCGAGAUAACUCCACUUUACGGGCUCACCGGCUAGCCUGCGAGCUAACAUGCUAAAUAGCCUGCGAGCUAACAUGGGCAGAGAGUGGAGGAAGCUGAGGGAAACCGUGUCUGAGGCGGUUGGAGGAUUCGCUGCCUGCAGCCCUGUGAACUGCAGCUGCCACCUGAGUGUCCUACAGCAGGACCUGCAGCCCUUUAAAGGACGCAUCUCUGAGGACUUCAUGGCUGCGACUGUCCAGAGAGGAGUGGGCACACACUACCAGAUCAUCGACCACAAGCUGUACAGGGAACACAACUGCAUGUUCCCCGCCAGGUGCAGUGGAGUGGAGCAUUUCAUCCUGGAGCUGAUCGAUAGGUUACCUGAUUUAGAGAUGGUGGUAAACGUCAGAGAUUACCCUCAAGUCCCCAAGUGGGUGCAGCCGACCCUGCCUGUCUUCUCUUUCAGUAAGACCUCAGACUACCAGGACAUCAUGUAUCCUGCGUGGACGUUCUGGGAGGGCGGACCUGCCGUGUGGCCCAUCUACCCCACAGGUCUGGGGAGGUGGGAUCUGAUGAGGGACGACCUCAAAAAGUCAGCAGCUCAGUGGCCGUGGACGAAGAAAGAGUCUAAAGGAUUCUUCAGAGGCUCCCGGACCAGUCCAGAGCGAGACCCGCUGAUCCUCUUGUCCAGAGAGGCUCCAGAGCUGGUGGAUGCAGAGUACACGAAGAACCAGGCCUGGAAGUCUGAGAAGGACACACUAGGGAGUCCUGCAGCCAAAGAAAUCCCACUGGUCGAUCACUGCAAAUACAAGUAUUUAUUCAACUUCCGCGGCGUGGCAGCCAGCUUCCGCCUCAAACAUCUCUUCCUCUGUGGUUCUCUGGUGUUUCACGUGGGGGAUGAGUGGCAGGAGUUUUUUUAUGCUCAGCUGAAGCCCUGGGUUCACUACAUCCCCGUCAAGCAGGACCUCUCCGAUGUCAGGGAGCUUCUACAGUUUGUCAGAGAGAACGAUGCCCUCACACAGGAGAUCGCCUCAAGGGGUAAAGAAUUCAUCCUCAACCAUCUGCGGAUGGAGGAUGUUUCCUGCUACUGGGAGAAACUUCUCACCGAGUUCAGCCGCCUUCUCACCUACAAACCCAAGAGAAAGAGCGACUACAACCAGAUCGUCCACAGACCCAGGAGGACGGAGCUGUGAGAUUCUGCAGAACCAGCGUCGCUGCAGUGAAGGGAAACUCCAGAUAGUGAAUGUAAUCCCUCCAGCACAACAUAUGAUUGAAUGAAAUCACACUACAGUAUUUUUAGACUCAUUUAUUUCGGAUGACGUCAGUCUCUUAGUCUCAUAGAUGUCGUGAAUGUAGUUUACUGAGUUUACCUUCAAGUGCCACUCUUCUGCCAAACCUUCAUUGGCCGUUCCAACUGAGAAAAUACUCUACAAUACUCUUUUACUACAGAGAGUAUUUAUAAACUCAGAGUGGAAGGUGUGAAAUAUGUGGCAAUAGGAAUCAAAUGGAGGAAAAAAAACAGUUACAUUAUGGGAAAUGCAGGAUUCCACUUUUAAAGUUUGUCAAAGUCCUGAUAAGUAGAUUUCUGCCUGUUGAAUUUGUUCUGGUGAGUGUUUAAGGCCUAUAUAUCUUUACUUGAAGCAACGUCCCCCUCUGUUGGACAACUGAAGACACUGCAGACGACUGUCACCAUCACAUCCUUACACAAACGAUGCAAUAACAAUGUCACUGUCUAUUAUUAAAUGGGCUCUGACACAACUUGGUUCAUAACUUGAAAGCACAAAAGAAUGUGACCUUCCACACCAAGGGUCAACAGUUACAGAUGAAGUCUUUUAUUUUGAAGUGUGGCUUUUUAUACAGAAUCUUUGUGCGUGUUGAGAGAUGACGUGUGAAUGACACAGGUCAGGGGUGAAUAUGUUGUAGUAUUCACGUUGUUCUGUGAACCAGCAGAACCAGUCGAGUUCUUUUGUACAGACGUGUGGUAAAGAUGGUACGUUCCAAUGUUGACCAACACGCUGUGAUCACGUGAUGUCCAUGUUGUUGUGUUGCAGUUUUGUUUUUAUGCCAAUAAAUUGUUUGGUUCUAAAAAUG